CUCACUUCUUUCAAAAUUGCUCCAUCUCUUUCUCAUUUAAACAAUGGCGUCGGUGUCCCUUUCGGUUCCCUCCUUCUUGGACCUGGUCGCUCCAUUCCUCAAGAAGCUCCCCCCCGCCUACUCCUGUUUUAGGGUUUCGACCUCCACCCCUUUGCGAGGUUUCGUCGUGGUGGGCUCGAGGUCUCGGGUGCGAGGCGUCCGAGGAUUUCUGGGAAUAACGAUGUUAUAGAGGAGAAGUUUAUGCUUCUAGAUCGACUGUAUGAGCUCUUGUGCUUCUUGAGCAGCUGUACGAAAUCAACCGAGCAGCAAGGGCUAUUCAACCCGAAAGGGUUGCAUGAAGGAGCCACACUGAACUAGCUGGACUUCGCCUUGUAGCGCAGCUUAUUUUCAAGCAACUUGCGGACCAAUAGACCAUUUUGGCAGGAGGCUGAUUGUCACCUGCGGAUUUGCGUCAUUGAAACCUGGAAGUUCCUUUCAGUAUUAUGACCGAGAUGUUACAGCCUAAAGUUGUCUUAUUCUGGGUCUUUCUUGCUGCACCAUCUUUUUGCCAUUUGGCAAUCACUAGAGCGCAAAUAACUGAUCCAUCAGAAGUUAGUGCUUUGAAGUCCAUCAAAAACAGUUUGGUGGAUCCUCAGAAUAAACUCAAGAACUGGAGAAGUGGAGAUCCAUGCACAUCAAGUUGGACUGGGGUUAUUUGUUAUAAUUCUACAUUAAGUGAUGGUUACCUGCAUGUAAAAGAAUUGCAACUUCUAGGGAGGAAUCUGUCAGGAACCUUGGCUCCUGAGCUUGGCCAAUUAUCUUAUAUGCAAAUAUUGGAUGUUAUGUGGAACAGCAUAAAUGGAAGCAUUCCAAAGGAGAUUGGCAAUAUUACUUCAUUGGUGCUCUUGCUUCUAAAUGGCAACAAAUUAUCUGGCCAUUUACCUGAAGAGCUUGGCUACCUCCCUAACUUAAAUAGAAUACAGAUUGAUCAAAACCAGAUAUCAGGGCCGGUACCAAAAUCAUUUGCAUUCUUGAACACUACAAAGCAUUUCCACAUGAACAACAAUUCGUUAAGUGGGCAAAUUCCACAUGAGCUGUCCAGAUUACCAAACCUUGUUCACCUAUUAUUGGACAACAACAACCUAUCAGGCCCUCUUCCCCCAGAAUUAUCACAGAUGCCAAACCUGCUUAUACUUCAACUAGAUAAUAAUAACUUCAGUGGGAGCUCAAUUCCAUCUUCUUAUGGCAGUAUUACUCAGCUUCUAAAGUUGAGUCUGAGGAACUGCAGCUUACAAGGAAGUGUCCCUGAUCUUAGCAGGAUAAGCCAACUUGGCUAUUUAGACCUGAGCUGGAACCAGUUGACAGGACCCAUACCAUCUUCCAAACUGUCAAAUAAUAUCACUACCAUUGAUCUUUCCCAUAACUUACUUAAUGGAUCCAUCCCCGCAAACUUCUCGGGGCUUCCUGACCUCCAGAUAUUGUCUCUCGAUCACAAUAAUCUGACAGGUUCUGUUCCAUCUAAUGUCUGGCAGAAUAUUGUGUUCACUGGAAAUAGAAGUCUAUACUUGGAUUUCCAGAAUAAUUCUCUGACUAAUAUAUCAAGUCCUCUUAAUCCUCCUGCAAGCGUUACCAUUAUGUUAUACGGGAACCCUGUAUGUGCAAAUGCAAACGGACUCAAUAUAGUCCAGUACUGUCAAGCUCAAGUCCUACAGAUACCUGGAGGCACAUCAAGCUCCAAAAUAAAUUGUCCGCCAUGCCCCACUGACAAGACUUAUGAAUAUAACCCAUUAUCUCCUUUCUCGUGCUUUUGUGCUGUGCCACUUGGAGUUGGAUAUCGUCUAAAGAGUCCUGGAUUCACCGAUUUUCGUCCAUAUUAUGAUGAUUUCGAGGAGUACUUAACCAGUGGGCUUAAGUUGGCACUUUAUCAAUUGGAAAUUGCUAAUUUCAUCUGGGAAGAAGGUCCAAGGCUGCGGAUGAACUUAAAGUUGUUUCCCAACAAUAGUAUCUUCAAUGCAAGUGAAGUAUUACAAAUCACAAGCAUGUUCACAGGAUGGUUGAUUCCAGAUUCAGAUAUAUUUGGGCCUUAUGAGCUUAUAAACUUUACUUUGGGAUCUUAUGAGUCCGAGUUAAAUCCUUCAAAAUCCAGCUUAAAAACAGGAGCUAUUGUUGGCAUUGUCUUGGGGGCAGUUGCUUUUGCAGCCACACUCUCUGCCAUUGUAACAAUUAUUAUAAUAAGAAGGCAUUCGAGAUAUCAGGCAGUUUCAAAGAAACGCUCCUUGUCAAGAUUAGCAAUAAAAAUUGAUGGUGUGAAAAGCUUCACUUUUGAAGAGAUGGCUGCAGCUACAAGUAAUUUUAGCGACUCAACUCAAGUCGGUCAAGGAGGGUAUGGGAAGGUAUACAGAGGUGUGUUGGCUGAUGGUAUAGUAGUGGCCAUUAAACGUGCACAACAGGGAUCUCUACAGGGUUCAAAAGAGUUCUGCACAGAGAUAGAAUUGUUGUCAAGGUUGCACCAUCGAAACCUGGUUGCUUUGCUUGGUUAUUGUGAUGAAGAAGAUGAACAGAUGCUGGUGUAUGAGUUCAUGCCAAAUGGUACUCUACGUGAUCACCUUUCUCCAGCUAGAUCUAAAGAACCUUUAAAUUUCUCCAUGAGGUUGCGCAUUGCAUUGGGUUCUGCCAGGGGUAUCCUUUAUCUGCACACUGAAGCAGAUCCUCCUAUAUUUCAUCGCGAUAUUAAAGCCACCAACAUCUUAUUGGACUCCAAGUUUGUUGCAAAGGUCGCUGAUUUCGGUCUCUCACGGCUUGCACCUAUCCCCACUGCUGAGGGGACUACACCUGGUCAUGUCUCAACCGUAGUGAAGGGCACUCCGGGUUAUCUUGAUCCGGAGUACUUCCUAACUCAUAAGCUUACAGACAAAAGCGAUGUAUAUAGCCUUGGUGUCGUCUUUUUGGAGUUAUUGACGGGGAUGCAGCCUAUUUCUCAUGGCAAAAACAUAGUUAGAGAGGUGGCGAUGGCCUCUCAAUCUGGUAUGACCUUCUCGGUGAUCGAUAAGCGCAUGGGCUCGUAUCCCUCAGAAUGCGUUGAGAAAUUCCUCUCCUUAGCUCUCAUGUGCUGCCAGGACGAAACAGAUGCACGGCCUUCAAUGAUGGAGGUUGUCAGGGAGCUGGAAGUCAUAUGGCGACUGACGCCGGAAGCCGACGCUGGGCUAUCAGAAUCCACUGCAACAGAAGCGAGCAAGACCGCGACGCCCACGACAUCAUCAUCUCUGGAAAUGGCCGCCCCGAACCACCCGUUCGUCUCGUCCGAUGUGUCUGGAAGUGAUCUUCUCAGUGGGGUUAUGCCCAACAUUACUCCUCGCUGACGAGGAAGCAGCGAUCGAAGUUACCUGGAAAGGUAUUUAUCGUUUAUGUAGAUAGGACUACCAUAGAUGGAAAGAAAAUAAAUAAUGCUGUGCUUGCAAACAAAUUCCACAUCACUCAACAAACUAUGCCGUUUAAUGGUUGGAUUCGUUUCUUGAUUUUGUGAAUCAUGCCUACGAUGUAGAAUCUGUUUGUAAGCAUAACUUUCCGUGAAGUAGAUAGACUAGAACGUGGACCUAUGUGGAGUUUAUUCCGCCCUCAACAUUUCCAAGUUUCUUUCUUGUAGUUGAUGUACAUUUAUAUUUAUAUGUGUGGUGGUGUUGUAAAUUUUUUUUUGUACGUCGUUUGUCAUGCCUUAAACUGCUUUAUUAUGAAUGUCCAUUCGGUUUUUUUUUAAAAUUUUU